AUGCAUGAGAGCUUGGGGUUGAAGUUGAAGAAGUUUUCAAGAGGAAGAAUUGAAGAUUUGAGAUUAGGAACGAAGAUUCGUGAGAACUUGUGUAGGUUUUGUUUAUUGAGAAAAGAUUUUGUAUCAAAGUUUGACCAGGUUCCUACACUGAACUACUACUGCUAUUUAUAUUAUUUUGGAUUGGGAAAAUUAUAUGACUGGGGUCAGCUGAGGCCUUAUAUUAUUUCCUUCAGACUUAUUCUCAAUUACAGCAGUAGUCAAUACUCAUUUACAACAGUUCUGUAUCGCCAUGCUUGGGCAACACGAAUGAUGGGAUACAAACAAUGUAUGUCAGACUUUACUGGGGAAGAUGAAGAAAUUGAGGUGACCCCUAUUCUUUUGAAGAACCAGAAAAAGCUGGUUAUGGUGACCCAUGACGAGUCCACCUUUUAUGCCCAUGAUGGAAAGGUGGACAUGUGGCUUGAGGAAGGUGAAAGCCACAUCCGCAAAAAAGGCCAGGGAAGAUCUCUGAUGGUCAGCGAGUUUCAGUGUGCUUGUCAUGACAUUAUGCAAGUGAAGGGAUGGGUCUCCCACAGAAUAUUUAACGUUGGGGCAGCAUAUGACAGUUACUGGACAAGAGAAGACAUGCUUGACCAGCUGAAGAAUCAUGCUAUCCCUCUGUUUGAAAGCUUGCACAAGGGAUGCACUGGUGUCUUUAUUUUCGACCAAAGCAGCAACCACAAAGCAUAUGCCACAGAUGCCUUGGUUGCCACCCGCAUGGUUCUAAAGCCAAAGGUCGUUUCUGAAAAUGACAAGGUCAUUUUCAAAGAUACAACAUUUUUGAGGGAUGGACGUAUCAUCCCUCAAUGGUUUUAUGAGACAGUUUUUGAAGCUGGAAGGGAAGGAAAGGGGCCGGUAGAGAAGAGACAAUUUGUUAGUGUCCAGUGGAUCCUUCAGGAGCGUGGACUGUGGAUGGAACUGGAUCCAUCCAAUCUUUCUAGAAGAUGGAGAAUGGAUUGCAAUGAAGAAGAAGCAGAGAACCACUGUUGCUGUGCCCACCACCUCACUGCAAAAGGAGAGUGGAUUUGGUCAAAUUUUAUUUUUUGA